UGCUUAUCAUUCGUUGGUGACUGCCGCCCGGCAGUGCUUGCAUGAUCUUAGUCGGGAUUGAAAAAGCUCAGCCAAACAUGCCAUCUCAAUCCCUGGACGACGAGACGGUUGUUGCCCGUCUCAGAAGGCGCCUGCUGUACGAGGAAAGAAAGCCAGAGCUCUCAAGACCCAGUAUGUGGGUGUCACCGAUAGUGCUUUGGCUAUAAACGAAGCGUCCCUGUCAAAAGACAAAGCUUCACUAACAAGGAGAGGCCGUUCUGUCAUCAACAAAUUUUCAAGUGCAUCAUGGUUUGCAAAACGUUCCUCGCCAGCGUGGCUGUUGGUGUAAUUACCUCAGCUACGGCUUUCACACCGAAGCUGAAUGCAGCUGGAGAAGAACUUCGACUGAUCAAAACGUCCGAUGCUGACAACGGCACCUGGUAUACCGAGCAGGAGAAGCUCGAUCUGUUCAUCUCUACACCAUCAUGUGCCCACUUCAUGGACAUUACAGAGACCCAGGAGCUUGAGGCCCACCGCGUCGCUGUUGCGAAUGGGUUCAAAGUCGACAAACGCCAAUCUGCAUCAUUCCCUUCAGCAGCAUCUCACCAGGUCGAGGCCAAUCCCUUAAUCGCUCAAAUAAGUGAGACAAAUCCCAAGACAUGGGCUACAACAUUGACCAAUAUCCACAACCGAUACUACAAGGGGUCUUAUGCAGCGUCAUCUGCCUCUACGGUCUUUGACCUUGUCAAGACUGUUGCUGCAACCAACACUAAGAUUACCGUUAAACAAUUCACCCACAGCUAUAAUCAACCUUCGGUCAUCGCUACGAUUCCUGGUACCAGCUCCAACGUCGUUGUUGUAUCUGGUCACUUCGACUCGAUCAACCAAGCCAAUCCUACCACAGGUCGUGCUCCGGGCGCUGAUGAUAACGCUUCUGCUGUCGUUACCAUCCUGGAGUCCCUCCGUGUUCUAGCCGCUGCCAAGUACGCCCCAAAGAACACCCUCGAGUUCCACUUCUACUCCGGAGAGGAGGGUGGCUUGUUGGGUGCCCGUGCCAUCAUGCAGGACUACGUCACUCGUGGUGUCGCGGUCCUCGCUGUCAUGAACCAGGACAUGACCGCGUAUUCUCCGAACCACAACAUCGCGGUCUAUACCGAUUACGUGAGCACACCGCUUAGUAACUUCAUCAUCAAGCUGGUACCCAUAUACACUGCUCUACCAGUGAUUACGGACAAGUGUGGAUAUGCCUGCAGCGACCACGGUGCCGCCUAUGAUGCUGGCUACCCGGCAGCGUACGUUUGUGAUGAGAACAUGGUAGAUGCGACGCCUUACCUCCACACCACCAACGAUGCGCUUUCGACGAUGGAUUUCGACCACUUGCACCAGCACAUCCGUCUGACACUAGGCUUCCUUGUGGAGGGAUCGUACUUCUAAGCAGAAUCGUCGGCCACAUCUACUCAAUUUUGUCAAAGGUUUAGGUUGAAUCUAGAUAACACACAAUUAUAGUAAAGAGGUGACACUCAUGUUGUAUCUUUGAGCAUCGUGCCUCCCAUACGCACUAAGGCUGCAAUAGGAAGGUAUAGGCAGGAUUACCACCUUCCCCACCUUAGCUAUCAGGGCAGAUACAUAUCGAGAUCUCUUGCCGUUACUACAACACCAUCAUAAUUUUCAAGAUCA